UGGGUUCGGCGGCUGACGCUCGGCUCAGUCUUGGGUCAUGGCGGACGGCCGAGCGACCCCUUCUCGCUGGUUCUUUACCCGGGAACAGCUGGAGAACAGCCCGUCCCGGCGCUGCGGCGUGGAGGCGGACAAGGAGCUCUCGUACCGCCAGCAAGCAGCCAACCUCAUCCAGGACAUGGGACAGCGGCUCAAUGUAUCCCAGCUGACCAUAAACACUGCCAUUGUUUACAUGCACAGAUUUUAUAUGCAUCAUUCUUUUACCAAAUAUCACAGAAACGUAAUGUCUCCUACUGCUUUGUUCCUGGCCGCCAAAGUAGAGGAACAGCCUAGAAAACUUGAACAUGUCAUCAAAGUGUCUCAUGCGUGUCUUAAUCCACUAGAUCCAUUGUUGGACGUGAAAAGCGACGCAUACUUGCAACAAGCGCAAGAGCUGGUUAUACUUGAAACUGUACUGCUACAGACAUUAGGCUUUGAGAUCACUAUUGAACACCCGCACACCGAUGUCGUGAAAUGUACCCAGUUAGUGAGAGCAAGCAAGGACUUGGCUCAGACCUCCUAUUUCAUGGCUACCAACAGCCUGCACCUUACUACGUUCUGCCUUCAGUACAAACCCACGGUAAUAGCAUGCGUAUGCAUUCAUCUGGCCUGCAAAUGGUCCAACUGGGAGAUCCCUGUAUCAACAGAUGGCAAACACUGGUGGGAAUAUGUGGACCAGACGGUUACUCUGGAGCUACUUGAUGAACUAACACAUGAAUUUCUGCAAAUACUCGAGAAAACCCCAAGUAGAUUAAAGAGAAUUCGAAACUGGAGGGCUAUCCAGGCUGCAAAGAAGCCCAAAUCCGAAGGCCAGCUCGACAAUUCCCUCCUUGGUUCAUCUCUGGUCCAAAGUUCCAUUUUGGUUGAUCCCGUUGCUGGUAUCGCCUCAAAUGCAAGUUUUCCCAAGACGACAUCUUCCGCUUUUCCUGCACCGGUACCUUUGAACUCAGGUAGCAUCCAGACAACUCCAGACGAAUUGGCAUUAAUGACCACGGCUAUGCCUAGUACCUCAUACAUGGCAUCCCACCACGAGUGGCCUCAGCAUCAAGAUCAACCAAGGACUGAACAAGCUUAUAACCAGAAACAAGAAAAUUCCAUGCCUGUUGCACAAUACAAUCUGAACUAUCAACCAAGCACUGCUGCACCACUCCAUGUGGGCUUACACCAUCGGAGCGACAAAGGUUCUGAGCAUGCCGUGAAGUCAGAACACGCUCAUAAGUCUGGGAGCAGUAAACAUCACGGUCAAAUGUAUGCACCUGCUGCGGCCAUUUCCCAUAAAAUGUCAUUGGACAAGUACAGGGAGAAGCGUAAACUUGAAACAGUCGAAGUCGACGUAAGGGAUCCGUACUUACCAGCACACGCAGAGCAGCAACAUCACAAAAAGCACAGCCAUGUGCCUGGUGGCAGCUCUGUGACGUCUCCCAUCAAAAUGAAAAUUCCAAUCGCGAACACGGAAAAGACGGAAAAACACUCGUCCGACAAAAAAGAUAAGGGCGGGUCGCUUAAGCUGCGGAUCCCUAUCCCACCCACAGAGCGGCCCGCCAGCAAAGAGGACUUUAAAUUGAAAAUAAAAGUAUCUUCCACAGACAGACACAGCUCGUCCGACGAGGGCAGUGGCAAAAGCAAGACGUCUAGCCCUCAUAUGAGCAAAGAACACAAGGACAAGCACAAAGAGCAUUCUUCCAACAGGCACCACAGUAGCAGCCACAAGCAUUCCCAUUCACAUACUUACAGCAGCGGGAGCAACAAUAAUAGCAAUAAACUUUCCACCGAUGGCAUGCCAACAACUGUCUUGAGGAGUCCCAUUGGCCUGACUAACGAUGGUGGUACCUCGAGCUCCAGCUCUUCGAGAAAGAGGCCGCAUCCCAGCGAUGCCUCUUACAACCACCACUCGAAAAUGAGCAAAAGUUCCAAAAGUUCAGGUAGUUCUACCAGUUCUUCCUCUCUUAAGCAGUAUAUAUCGUCUCACAACACUGUUCUUAACCAUCCCUUACCCCCUCCUCCCCCUGUCACAUACCAGGUGGGCUACGGGCAUCUCAGCACCCUCGUGAAACUGGACAAGAAGCCCGUGGAGAGCAACGGCCCUGAUUCCAGUCACGAGUAUGGUGCAAACAGCCAGCACAUGGACUACAAAGAUACAUUCGACAUGCUGGAUUCACUUUUAAGUGCCCAAGGAAUGAACAUGUAAUUGAAACCCCCCUCCUUAGUCCUUUUUUAUUUUAAUUUUUUUUUGUAUAUAAAUUCUACUUUUUUGUUUUUAAUUUAAAAACUAAAAAAAAAAAAAACAGGAGAACUUAUUUAACACUGGCAACAUCAAAUUGCCGCAGUUUCAAUACUUUUUAUUCUAAGUGCUGCUUCCCCCCCCCCUUACUUUGAAAAGAAGAAGUUAUAGUCUCCACGUAUGAUAGUAUUAUACAUUCUCUAACAGCAUGGAUGGUGCAAAAAAACUCAGUAUUCAGAUUUAAGAGCAUAAGAACGGGUGGCUGUUUCUAACCCAGUAGAACGCUUCAGUAAUUGCUUAUUUAUAAUUUGAAGUAAUUCAGCCAUCGCAUCUUUGUUGCUUAGCUUUCCGGGGCGAGUGUAAAUUUUUUUUUUUAUUAUUUUAAAUAUAUAUUUAAAGUUGUGUGUAUGACAUGCAUGUUUUAUAGAUAAAGGGAUGAAAACAGUAUGCAAACUGUUUACAAAAAAAAAGUGGAGAAAAAAAAUGUACAUACAUUUUUGUAUGUUUAGAUAUAACCAUACAAUACUCAGGUUUGGAGCUGCUUGUAAGGAUAAAAGGAUAAAUACAGAUUAACUGUCAUUGUAUCUCGUCAAAGUCCAUCAUGAUAGACAUAAAGGGGGAUGGCUUUGUCUUGUCCCAAACUUUCAGAGCUACAAUGGCGAGCAAAAGAUUUUUCACGGGCCUUUCUAGCGGAAUGGUUAAAAAAAAAAAAAAAAAAAAAGUAGGCCUUAAUGGGAUCCGCGGAACAGAAAACCACUACAGAGGACACUUAAUAUCGCGACGCCAAUUUUCCAUCACCCAGAAGACGUUAGUGGAGUCAGUGCCUCGAAUGCCACGAUGACUCGAAACUGGCUCCUGGUCAAUCCUUAGGGAUGUGAAGGAAAACAAAAAAAAGGAAUAAACAAAAAAUAAAGUUUACAUAAUCUUUUUUUGCUGUGAAGUGCAUUUAAAUGUUUAUUGGCUUGAUACAGUAAAUACAGACACACAGUUGCUACUUAAUAAUGGUUAUGUAGAGUAAUGUAAUUUAAAGAAAAAGAGAAAAAAAUUGUAGGAAAAAAAAAUCGCAUAGUGAACUUUUAGUAAGUUGGUCUUUUUCCCUUUAUUUUAUAUAAAUCUAUAUAACUAUAUACACCAGAAGUUAUUUUUAAUAGCUUAUGGGGAUCACUGUUUCUAUUUGUGCUUCAGCACGUCUCUGGAAUUGAGUUCUCGUCUUAUUUGGCCAUAUAGCCCCCCCCCAGCCCUAUGUAAAUACAGCCUUAGCAUUGAGUUAAAAAAGGAAGCUUUCCAGCUUUAUUCCAAACAAUAAGACAUCGCUGAUGUGCAUCGUACGUCUGAUUAUAGGUUUUUAAAAUCAAGAUUACAUUUCCUCAAAUAUCUGAAAAAGUCCGGUUUUAGCCACUCCCGUAGGUUUUUAACGUUGUCUGCUGGUGUCAUAAUGUCGCUUGUACAUAGUACGUGCAGUCUUCUGUUUUACACGACUCUAGCAUUUUCUAUUAAAAUCUAUUGCAUCCUGGAACUUCUCACCCGUCGUCACGGUAACCGGUAAUGUCUUAUCGUACUUACUGUAAAUGUAAUCUAUGCUGACAUUAGACAGUAAAAUAAAAAGGUUUAUUUUUAUUCA